AUGGCUGCUAAAAGAAGCACCGAUCUUGAUAAAGAAGCUCAAGAAUGGAUAGAGGCUGUUAUAGGUGAAAAAUUUCCGAAGGGCGCCUAUGAAGAUGCGCUAAAGGACGGUAUUAUACUAUGCAAAUUGAUCAAUAAGUUAUCACCAAAUUCGGUUCCUAAAAUAGCGACAGCUGGUGGUGCUUUCAAAUUACGAGAGAAUGUAGCAGCUUUCCAAAAUGCUGCUCGAUCCUAUGGAGUACCCGAUGCGGAACUUUUUCAAACAGUUGAUUUAUUUGAAAAACGUAACAUCCCUCAAGUAACAUUAGCUAUUCAUGCACUCGGACGACAGGCACAAAAGAAAGGUUUCUCUGGCCCAACAUUGGGUGUUAAGAUGUUGGAGAAAAAUGAACGACAGUUUACCGAAGAACAAUUACGUGCUGGAGCUGGUAUUGUUGGUCUUCUAAACGAUGGCAUGAAUAAAGGUGCGAAUCAGGGCGGACAAAACUUUGGUUUAUCUAGACAUAUCUAA